UCCUCGCGGGAGGGCCGCGUGGGAGGGGUUUGGCGGCGGCGCAGGCGGGCCCUGGGCUCCGGGGCGGUUGGGAUGGAGCAGAAGCGCGCCUGGCGCCGCAGGGCACACAGCUGACUCCUGCGCGCCACCUCCGCUUCGCCUUGCGCCGCCGGACACCAGCCAAAGCUGCCCGGACUGAUCGCUCCCGGGGCCGUCAGCACCUCCCCGUUCCUCCCGCAGCCCACCGGGCGGGAAAAAAAAAAAAAGAAGAAGAAGAAGAAGCUGCCGGUGCCCGACGCAAUUGGUCAGCCCCGGGAAACUUCCCUAGCCGUAUCCAGCUCCGUCUCGAGCACCGGAGUUAACAUGGUUUGCAAGGCGCUCAUCGCUCUCUGCAUCUUCACCGCAGGACUGAGGAUACAGGGUUCUCCAACAUCAACACCCUUGCCUGUUUCUCUUAUGACAAAAAUUACCCCACCUACGGCCUCCUGGACUACCUCCGCGCAAAACACUGCCAUGGCCACCACGCCUGUGGCCAGUGGCACCCCCAAUGCCUCUGUUCUCCAUGCUGCUGCUACAUCCCUGACAUCUCAGCUCCCCAAGAACACUUCCACCGCCUCCAGAGACGAGGCUGUCACCAGCCCAGCUUUGAAGAGAGAUGACAACAGCACAGACUCCCCGCCUGCCAAGCCCACCUCAACAAGCGGUGCCACCCACUUGACACCCACACCCGAGGAACACAGUCAUGGCAGUCCUGAAGCAAGUGUGCCAGCUACUGGGUCACAUUCAACCGUGCUCGUGUCUUCUCAGGCUCCAACCGCAACAUCCACAUCCCGGGCAACCUCCCCACCCGAGUCUCUUUCUGUCUCCAUCACCCCUAACCACAGCUCUACUGUGGCCAACAUCCAGCCCACGGAAGCUCCAAAGGCACCCGCGUCCCCAACAGAGGGGCACAGCUCUAGUCACGCACCCACUUCCCCUAUCACAGCAGAGCCGGUGCCCAAGGAGAAGUCACCCCAAGACGCUGAGCCUGGCAAAGUGGUCUGCGAGACUGAAACCACCACCCCCUUCCUGAUCAUGCAGGAAGUGGAGAAUGCCUUAAGUUCUGGCAGCAUCGCCGCCAUCACCGUGACGGUCAUUGCUGUGGUGCUGUUGGUGUUCGGAGCUGCGGCAUAUCUAAAGAUCAGGCAUUCCUCCUACGGAAGGCUGCUGGAUGACCAUGACUACGGGUCCUGGGGAAACUACAACAACCCUCUCUACGACGACUCUUAACAAAGGAAGGUGGCUGGGGACAAGAAAUAACUGUCCUUUAUUUAUAAGUGCUUAUCCAGUAGAAGUAAUAACAAGUACCUGAUGCACACUGAGUGACAAUCGCAAGCCCUGUUUUGUUGAUAUGGUUGUUUUUGUUUUCCUCCCUCUCCUCUGGCUGCUACCACAACGUUCCCCCUUCUGGUACAAAAGAACCAUUGUAGAAAGGCCCAAGGAGGCCUUAUUUGCAGGUGACAUGGGCCAUCUUUGCACUGACCAAGCCAGAUGCCAGGAGGUGGAGGCACACCCCACCACAGGACCCAUUUUGGAAGGACUGAGGAAAAGGCCUCGGAGUUGCUUGGCUGGGGAUUUAAUUUUAGGGGAUCUUUCGGUUUGGGUUAUUUCUUAAACUUCUGUGUAGGAAAUUACAUUAAGUAUCAGUGAGGAAAAAGGAAAUUAAUUCCCAGAGGCAACCACACUGUGUGGAGGACGCAGGGGUUUCUUGAUCCCUUUUCAGUCCCUCUUUGCCUGGUUGUAUAUGACAGGAUAUCUACUUAGUCCUGUAAGCAGAGAGACCAUUCUUUCCUGCCUAAUUAAUGAAAGGUGUGAGGGGGCUGUGCCCAGGAGGAGAGCAGCAGUCAAGGGCAGAGUGACUGCUCUUAGUCUUGGCAUGCCCUCAACCUGCUCUCUAGGCCACUGGAAGGCAACGGGGGAUCCCAGCCCGCCAGCUUUCAGGAAAGUUAUAGUUCCCAGAGUGAAGCUAGGAGGUGAACUUGAAGAACAGAAAGGGAGAGGCAACUGGAGUGUAAGGGAACAGGGAAGAAGAAGAGCUUAAGCGCAUCAUGGACUCUCUUGAAGCAAGUAGGAGCCAGCUUUUCAUGGUAAUGGAAGAUAUGCAAAUCUUGGAGGAACCCACAGAACUCUCACUUGACACCCAUAAAGCAAUUGGUUUCACUGCCUUACUGUCUAUAUUGGAUAAUGGCUGUAUGCUAUUUUAAAAAAAAAGUAAUGUUAAAAGAGGCAUUAGCCUACGUGCAGUUGUUCUUCUAUAGGAAGCAUUUCCAUAGGAAGGAGACACCAACACCUACCUUACUCAUUCUUCCUUUGAAUAAAAGUGAACAUCUCUGGGUCUCCAGUCUCAAAAUCCCAUGCGACAAAUUUUGAGAAAUAGGCAUUCUUCUUUGCCGGCAGCCACUAUGACCCAUCAAGAGGUGAUUUUGCCUCCCCUCCCUACCCCGGAGGGGGUGACAUUUGAAAAUGUCUAGUAGCAAUUUUUGACUGCCAGUAGUUAGUUGGGAGUGUUAUUAAGAGGUAGAGACCAUGGAUCCUGUAAAACACCCUACCUGGCAUAGGACAACCUUCCACCCCAAAGAACCUCCUAGCCAGAAACAUCAAAGGCUGAGCUUGAGAUGAUCCAUGGCAAUGCCCUUGCAAAACACUCACACAGCAGGAAGGCCCUUUCAUUUUUAACAAAGUGAAACAUCAGGGUUUUGUUUGUUCGUUUGUUUGUUUCUCCAAAGUGUUUAGUUUGUUGGCUGAUAGGUUGAUUUCUGGUGUGUGCAGUUGCCUUAUAUUUGUCCGUUUCUAGAGAGCUUUAUUACAGGGCUACACCGCUGUCCUUCUGAAAUAAUCUGAUAAUGACACCCAGCGUCUUAUGUUGAUUUCAAGAAGCAGAAAGCAUAUAUCUUAAGAUAUGAUAUAUUGUCCUAGGAUGUCAGAGGAAACAAGAAACUAUUGAUUUUAAUCCCAGGCUCUGGAGAAAAUUCCUCCUAAAUCUCAGAAGUGCCAAAAGGAAAGAGAAAUCCUCAAAUAUAGGCCAUAAACAAAGUGGGUAGCAAGGCAUGGGUAUGCAGAAAUGAAGAUAUCCCUGAAUAUGAACUAACACACACACACACACACACACACAAAGAGAGAGAGAGAGAGAGAGAGAGAGAGAGAGAGAGAGAGAGAAACCUCUUCAUCAAAAAUGCAAGGGUAUAUGCCUUAUGGCCACACUUGUCCUAAACAAAUGUCCCUCCUUCCUACCCUGACCCCUACACAGGUCUCCGGUUAGGCAAAGGGCAAACCAAUACCCACAGGGCAUUCUACAUGUCAUUUUACUCCAGGAGCCAAGAACAUUUUCUGACACAGGACACAAAGCUCUCCAUGAAACACCUUAGGGAAAGUGUACUUCAGAUAUGGUUUCUGGGGUAAGUCCUAGGCCAGAGGAACCACUUUCCUCCCAGGACCCUUUACCUGUUAGAAAUCAGGGACACAGCAAGAAUUUUUUCACACCAAAAGAUGCCAUUGUGCACGGGCAGGGGAUUGCUGCUGCCCUGAUCAGCCUCUAAUUGCUUCAGCAAAAUGUAAAGCAGUCAUAUAUCCAACAAGGUGACUGGCAGUGUCCCCUCAAAACUCCAAAAUGACCCUAGCCAUGUUUGUCACUAUGAAAUGUGCGAGUAUGAGAACUUAACUGUGCCAAGUGUAUUUUUCUGCUUUUCAAUUGGUCAAAGGGUUUCAGCAUUUUAAUUCUACAGAUAUUCCUCUACACACACACACACACACACACACACACACACACACACUGAAAUAUAUGCCAAUAAUUGAUAUCCUUUACCUCAGGGAGAGUUGGUCCAAGUCUACACAAGGGAAGUUAGUGGUCCUAGUACAUCUAAACAGUCACACCCUACAAUGGACUGGACUGGCCAGAAUGCUUUGGAGAGAAAGUCAGAGCAGAAAGAAAGCUAGGAGCUUCUCAGUGGACUGCAAAUGAUCGAGGAAUGGUAUGCAACUCCGCUUUCUUUUCCCGUGACCCCAGUGGAACCCCUUUUCCUCCCUGCGCAGCUGUGGCUUCACUUAUAAAAUGGGGGUGAUGCUUUCACAGUGUGACGUCACCCCUUCCUACCUCACAGAUGUGUUGUGAGGAUUAAUGAAAUUGUGUCUACAGUGUUUUCAGUUUCUGGAGAAAAAAAAAACACAAACUAUUUAUGGACGUUUCAAGUAUUAUAUACUAUAUGAGUGAUCUCAGUUUCUUCUUUGCUGUUAUACCGGUGUGUUGUUUUUACUUAGUCUAUAAAAGUACAGUUAAUGUCAUGGCCACAUGAGAUGGCUACCAGAGCGCUGAACUUCCCUCCUGCACAACUGACUGACGCAGGGUUAACUAUUCCUGGGACCACAAAGACUGAUCUCCCCUCCAACUGAGAAGACAGAUGGCCCAGGACACAGGUCUCACAGAUGUGCGUCAGGAUCCAGGUUAGGAGGCCUGAGCACUAAUGGCAGAAGGCCUCUGACUUUCCAACCCAAGUCUCAGAGGAGUAGAUUGUGCUCUAAUGUGAUCUAUUUGCUCUUCAUCCUGCUUGCAAGGGUGCAUGGUUCAAUCCUAUGCAUCUUGUGAAUGGUCCAGAUGCUAAUUUGCACGUUGAUUCACCUUCUUUGCCUUUAACCAUUUGAGGGAAAAUGGCUGCAUCACUUCGACUUUGACCUUGGAAGUGUUAGUUGGCACUGUCUCAUUGCCACCUUUCUCUCUUGGAGUAAGUUAACUGACAAUGUUUAAAGACAGGAAGGUGUACGACUUCUUUGAUAUUUGAUGACGUCAUAUCUACAUUUGUUGUAAGACAUAUUGCAUACCAAUUAUAACUCUACCAAUUAAAGUGGUUAAAAGCUUG